AUGGGGCCUAUGUUUCCGAGGCUUCAUGUGAAUGAUACAGAUAAAGGAGGGCCAAGAGCACCUCCAAGGAACAAGAUGGCUCUUUAUGAGCAGCUUAGUACUCCAUCUCAAAGGUUUAAUCCUGGGAUUUUGCCUCGUAAUCCGAGUAAUAUUAGCAACUUAGCUCCUCCUGGAUCCUCAAGCCAGGGGAGUGGCCUUGAAAGAAAUUUUCCCUACCCUCAUUAUGUUCCUUCUCCAGCACCCAUUCAUAUGGCUGAGAAAUACCACUCUCGCCAGCCUGAUGGAGGCAAUUUGAACACUUCAGUGGGACCACUUCUGCAACAAAAGAAGGUAGGAGACGAAGAUGAUUUUACGGUUCCUGUUUUUGUUCAUUCAGGGAAGGGCCAAAAUCACAUUAAAACGCAGAGUAGUGCUGAUCAGGAAAAACUUGUUUCUGUAUGUCCUACUUAUUUGGAUCAUUCAUCGAGAAUCCAAAAUGUUGGGGAUAAUGAUCCAAAAUAUAUUGGCUCCACAGGUCUCAAUAUGAGACAGGACACGAGAAACCAGAGUGAAGAGAACCUAGAAGUGUGUGUCUCAAGUAGUGAUCAUAUAACAAGAUAUUCAACAAAUUGGCGAACCAGAGAAAAGAAUGACAAGUCUGAGGAAGCCAAUGCAUCUCGAAAUCAGCAGCAUCAAGAUAACCCCAUGUUUAAUUUUACCAGAUUGUGUGAAAACGAUACUAGUUUGCAACAAGAGGCUUCAGCUAGGCUGCAAUCAAACCACAACGGACAUGGUGGCUAUGUUCCUGAGACAAGGCAAAAAGAGAAAAGAAACAUUUCCCAGCCUGGAAAUGACUCCUGUUUGAGGGAGGAUUGUAGUAGUCCCAAUGAGCCUGAAAUUGACAGCAAAUGUCGAGGAGACGAGACUUGUGAGUCACUUCAAUUCAGAAAUGGAGACAAAAGCAAUGAUGCCUCUGAGACCUCAAUGUUGGAUUCUAUAUCAGCCUUGGAUAUUUCUCCAGAUGAUGUUGUGGGGAUUAUUGGUCAGAAACAUUUCUGGAAAGCAAGAAGAGCAAUUGUCAAAUCAUCUGACAGCAGGGAAAUGGACAAUGCUAAUUUGAGUCAACAAAGAGUGUUUUCUGUGCAAGUGUUCGAGUUGCAUAGACUGAUAAAGGUUCAGCAACUGAUUGCUGGAUCCCCAAAUCUCUUACUUGAGGAUGGUGUUCAUCUGGCCAAAACUCAUAUGAAGGGUUCUCCUUCCGAAAACCUUCCAUCAGAAUGUGUUGUAACACCUCCAAUUCAUGUUGCCAAGCGGAAAGAUAAUUCAGAGAACACAAACCACAAGAUGGAAUGUUCUGCAGAGAAUGCUGUUGGGAAGACAUCCUUUUCUUCUGUGAAAAAUGGUCAGCCUCCAAAUUAUGGGCCUUAUGCAGGACCAACAGCAGUUCCAACGGCCGCUGAUGCCAAAAUGGGUCCUUGGUGUUUCCAUCCUUCUCCUGGGAAUCAAUGGCUAGUUCCUGUAAUGUCCCCCUCAGAAGGACUUGUAUAUAAGCCUUACACUGCCCCUGGAUUAAUGGGAGGAUGUGGACCUUUUGGGCCAAUUCCAAUGGCUGGUAACUUUAUGAGUCUGGCUUAUGGGGUUCAAACAUCUCAUUAUCAUCAAGGAAUUGGGGUCUUGCCUGGUGCUCCUCCAGUUGGGUCUGUUUCCCAUGGUCAAACUGCUCAGUUUCCAGGAGGGAUAUUGAACUCUAACAUGCAACAUCAAAGCUUAUGUAAUGAACCGAUCCAGAAGAGUAAAGUUGUUUCACGAGGCAUGAAGCUUCAGGCAUCUAAAGACAGUGAGCUACAAGGAAGUACAGGUAGUAGUCCUAGUGGGAGAGUACAAGGGAUUGGGACUCUUAAUGCUGCUGAUGGAAGAGCUGCACCCCCACCUUUCCCAGUGACUCCUCCUGCCACUGAGGAAGUCCCUCAGCUUCAAGAGACAGGUCAGCCAUCGAGAGUGAUCAAGGUUGUGCCUCACAAUGCUAGAUGUGCUACUGAAUCAGCAGCUCGAAUUUUUCAAUCCAUACAGGAAGGGAGAAAACAAUGA